AUGGACAUUAAACCUAUCCCAGCAUUCUAUUGCUGCUACCUUCUUCGGUCUACAGUCCGCCACUCCAGCAUUUACAUUGGAUCAAGUCCAGAUCCUGCCCGACGCCUCGCUCAACACAAUGGUCGAGUCCAAGGAGGGGCCGAGCGUACAUCUCGAGCCAGUCUUCGCCCGUGGGAGAUGGCAUGCAUUGUGGCCGGCUUCCCAUCCAAUAUAGCUGCUCUUCAAUUCGAAUGGGCCUGGCAUAAUGCCCAUUUGACCAGACACAUCACCCCAACCGAGCGUAUCUCAUUUGCCACCAUUCGCACGAAGACCUCCGCCAGGACCGGGAAAACAACACGAAAACCAGGAAGACCGCGAACUUCUCUGAUGGACAAGUUGUCCAAUCUGCAUCUCUUACUUCGCGUCCCAUACUUCUCCAAAUGGCCUCUCGAAGUUCGGUUCUUUAGUGAAGAUGCAUAUCGCUCCUGGGCCAUCUGGUGCGAACGAGUCGAUUCGCAGAUCCGUACCAGCAUCAAAGUGCAUUUCGAUCCAGCACAAUCGAGAGCCCAGGAGGGAGAAUUUACCUCUGUUCGGCCUAUUCAGAGGAGGAGAAAAGCAGAUUUGGUCGGAAACGGUGGGGUCGACGGCAUCGAUCCAACUUACUCCCGCCUACGCGAUGUGUUUAGAAGAAGUCAGUUCCUCCUGGACGAAGGUGAUGAGCAAAAGUGUUCUGUAUGUGCAGACGGCAUCGACCUGCACAAGAGUCUGUUUGUGAUUUGUCCCACAAACGAGUGCCAUGGUAUCUCUCAUCUGACCUGCCUGGCCGACAAAUUUCUGAAACGCGCAGAAUCCGAUUUAAUGAUCCCGGAGACGGGAAUUUGUCCAUUGUGUAAACAGGAACAUGCAUGGGCAGAAUUGAUGCGGCAGGUAACUUUGAGGACCAGGGGCAUGAAAGAGGUGCAGAAACUCCUGGGCCCAAAAAAGAAAAGCACGGCUGCAAUCGCCGCUGAAAUUCUGGAGACUGAGAGCGAGGAUGAGGAUACACUCGAUGAAAAUGUUCUUACCGCUCAAGACGUCGUUGAUGAAGCUGAUGGACUUGAUCACGGUGAUGAUGAUGAUGAUGACGACGAUGACGACGAUGACGACGCUUCGUCUGUUGCAUCUGCAGAUUCAUUUCUAAGUAGAACGUCCCAUGUCGAGACAAGACCCACAUCCGAUGCCCGACCAGGAAGGCUUGAGAUCGUAAUUGAGGAUAGUGAGGAUGAAAGAUGA